UGGAAUCUGUGGCAGAUUCUGUGUCUCCCUCUCUCUCUGCCUCUCCCCCACCCACACUCUGUGCGUGUGUCUCUGUCUCAAAAAUAAAAAUAAUAAGUAAACCAACAGUUUAACUUCAAAUUGGAAACGAAGUUUGCCGAGUGUGUUCAGUGACCCGGCAGAUAGGUUCGCGGGCCUCCCCGCGGUGACACAGGUGUCACAGGCGCCCGCACACGGCCUCGCACGCGAACGCUGGUGACCACGUGGGGAGGCGUUCUGACGCUGCCUGGUCCCAAGCGCUCGUUUUCCUAGGUGAGCGUUAGUGUUAAAGUGCUGAGACUCGGUAUUCAUGUACUUAGGACUUAAGUGGUGCCUGAGCAGGCUGUCACCUGUGUGGUGCCGGGGACGCGGGUUUUCAGGGAUGGAAACACGAAUUGUAAAAAGCCGAAACCCCCCUCCUGUUACGAGAAUUAACGGGAAGAGUAGCCCCGUGAGUUGAAGAGAAAUGUGCUCUGACGGCAGAUUGUUUAGGCGCCCCGACCCUCUUAAUCGCGCCGGCCCUCGUGGGCAUGUCGGGUCUCUCGUUGCCAUGGAGUGUCAGGCCUCCGCCUGCUGUGGAAGCUCCCAGUGCACCUCCCCCCCCACCCCUGCCUCAGAUCCGAAGCUGCUGUGGAAGCUCCCAGUGCACCUCCCCCCCCCACCCCUGCCUCACAUCCGAAGCUGCUGUGGAAGCGCCCAGGGCUCCUCCCACCCCCACCCCUGCCUCAGAUCCGAAGCUGCUGUGGAAGCUCCCAGUGCACCUCCCCCCCCACCCCUGCCUCAGAUCCGAAGCUGCUGUGGAAGUGCCCAGUGCACCUCCCCCCCCCACCCCUGCCUCAGAUCCGAAGCUGCUGUGGAAGCUCCCAGUGCACCUCCCCCCCCCACCCCUGCCUCAGAUCCGAAGCUGCUGUGGAAGCGCCCAGUGCUCCUCCCCCCACCUCAGAUCCGAAGCUGCUGUAGAAGCUCCCAGUGCUCCUCCCACCCCCGCCCCUGCCUCAGAUCCAAAGCUGCUGUGGAAGUGCCCAGUGCACCUCCCCCCCCCACCCCUGCCUCAGAUCCAAAGCUACUGUGGAAGCGCCCAGUGCUCCUCCCACCCCCACCCCUGCCUCAGAUCCAAAGCUGCUGUGGAAGUGCCCAGUGCACCUCCCCCCCCCACCCCUGCCUCAGAUCCAAAGCUACUGUGGAAGCGCCCAGUGCUCCCCCCCCCCACCUCAGAUCCGAAGCUGCUGUGGAAGCUCCCAGUGCACCUCCCCCCCUCCCCCCCGCCUCAGGUCUGAAGCUGCUGUGGAAGCUCCCAGUUCUCUUCCCCCCCCACCCCUGCCUCAGAUCCAAAGCUGCUGUGGAAGCGCCCAGUGCUCCUCCCACCCCCACCCCUGCCUCAGAUCCAAAGCUGCUGUAGAAGCUCCCAGGGCUCCUCCCCCCCCCACCCCUGCCUCAGAUCCAAAGCUGCUGUGGAAGCUCUUAGCCGCUCCUCUCUCCCCCCCACCCCCCACCCCACCC